AUGGAAAAUAACGACAAUUAUCAAUUAUCAACUUGGAAUUCAUUAUGGAGGUAUAUUGGUAUUGAAAAACAUGCUACUUAUGGUUUUUAUUGGAUGAUUGGUGCUGCUAAAGUCAGUGAUUAUAAAGAUUGGUGUCUUUAUUGGUUAGGUCUUAAUGAUCAAAAGCCUCCAAUUAUUGGUGAAAGUCCAGAAGAUUUUUAUGUCAGAAAGAUUUAUUCUACUUCAUACGAUUGUUUUAAUAGACCUAUUUGUGGUCCUCCUGAAAAUCACAUUAUUAUUGGUUUACGAGAAGAAGUACCUAUUGAAAAUGCAAAACACCUUGUGUUAAAAGAAGGAAAAGUUAGAGAGGCUAUUAAUUUUGGUUCAUAUAAUUAUCUUGGAUUUGGUGGUAGACAUCCAAUUGUUACAAAAGAAGUUGCUGAUUGCUUAAAAAAGAAAGGAAGUAGUUGUAAUGGAUUUGCUGCUGAAAGAGGUAUUUCUGAAGAACAGAAAAAAUUGGAAGGUAUGUUAGCUGAAUUUUUACAUAAGGAAGCUGCUGUUGUUGUACCAAUGGGAUUUGCUACUAAUUCUACACUAAUUCCUAUUUUAGUAGGGAAAGGAGAUGUUGUUUUUUCUGAUGCUUUAAAUCAUUCUUCUAUUAUCACUGGUAUUAAAUCUGCUAAUGCUGAAGUUAGAAAGACUUAA